AUGGGGGAACAACGAAGGUCUAAAUCUCCAUCAGCAGAAGAUCAGCUUAAGGAAAACAUAGCCCAGCUGCAAGCUGAAAGAGCGGAGCUGUAUGAGGAUUUGCGUGCUAUAUCUGCCGAACUUGAUAAAUUCAAACAACAGUCAGCUGAGCAAGAUAGUGCACUAGCCGAGACCAACAAGAAGCUGAUGGAAAUGGAGAGGGCUAAAGAACAUGCUGAAAGAAGCGUAGCCGAUUAUGAGUUCAUUGUGACUGACCUGAAGAAAAGGCAUAAUAAGCAGAAGGAGGAUCUUCAUGCUAAGGCAGAUCUAACGUGCACUAGCGCGGGACUUUCGACAGAGCUUGCCUUGGCGAAUGAGCAAUUGUUGGUAUCGGAGGCCGCAAGAGCGGCUGCUCAGAAGCGUUGCGAAGAUAUUUUGGCAGAGGAACUGGAUGAGGCUACAAAAUCGGCUGUGACCUCAAUGGCUCUCUCGGAAGAGGUGAGUUGGAUUUCCAUUUUGAAGGUUUUAGUCGUGUCCAACUUCUCGCAGUGUUAUUGGCACUAUUCACAGGUGACUGCGGCUAAUCGUGAUUUGGCAGCAAUGCGCAGUAGGUUGGCUGAAUUGGAGAAAGAGCUUCUGGAUCGGGAGGAAGCGAUGCUGACUGCUAAUCGAAGACAUGCUGAGGAAUGCGCAAAGCUACAGCAGAGCCUAGACGAGGCUGUUCUACUUGAGCGGUCCACUGAAGGCGUGGCUGAAGAUUUAAGAAGAAAGUUGGCUGAAGCUGAAAACGAGAAGACUCUAAUGCGCGAGAUUCAGAUGGCUAGUGAAAUGGACCUGAUGAAGGCGAUGGACGAGAUGAAAGUUCUCAAACGCUCCUUGGACGAGCUCCAAGAGAAGGAAGAAGCUCGUAAGGAAGCGAUCCUUCAGCGUGAUGCUGCUGAGAGAGAACUUAAUGACCUGAGGAAUGAGUUGAAGGAAAAGUCAGAAUACUUUGACACAGAAAUGGCUCAAAUGAAGGCCUUGAAGGAAAAAUGUUCUGCUUUCGAAGAGCAGCUGGAGACAGAGAAAUUGGCUCGUGAUGUUGCCAACCGGGAAAUAAUGCAAUUGCGAGAUGAAAAUUACACUGUCACGGAAGCGUUGAACAAAGCCAGUAAUGCAUUGAUGGAUGCAGAGUCCAGAGCUGCCGCAGCCGAAAAGCAUCUUACCGAUCACAUCAAAUGCCAUACUGAGGAACUGAACCUUCGUGUGACUGAAUUGGAGAAAAUGGUGGCUGCUGGCUUAGCCGAUAAACAAGCACUGACAUCGGAACUUGAGGAGAAAAUUGAGAAGCAGAACUGCACUGACCAACGAAGUGAAGAAGGUUGGAAUUAUAGCUCUAAUCAG